AUGGCAGGCGACGCAGACGGCACCAAGAAGAACCGCUUCCUGAUUUGGGGCGGCAAUGGCUGGAUUGCUGGACAUCUUAAAACCCUGCUGGAACAGCAGGGAAAGGAGGUUUACGCGACGACUGUCCGCAUGGAAAACCGCGAAGAGGUGCUGGCGGAGCUCAAGCGCAUCCAGCCAACCCACGUCCUGAACGCGGCUGGAUGCACGGGGCGGCCGAAUGUCGACUGGUGCGAGGACAACAAGGAGGCCACCAUGCGGUCGAAUGUCAUUGGCACACUGAACCUGGCCGACUGCUGCUGGCUGCUCAACAUCCACUGCACAGUCUUUGCCACAGGAUGCAUUUAUCAGUACGAUGAGGCGCAUCCUUGGGAUGGGCCUGGCUUUAAGGAAACCGACCCGCCCAACUUUGCAGGGAGCUUCUACUCGAUGACCAAGGCGCACGUGGAGGAGAUACUUAAACAAUACAGCAACUGCUUGAUCCUGCGGCUCCGCAUGCCCGUCUCGGACGACUUGCACCCGCGCAACUUCGUGACCAAAAUCACCAAGUACGAGUAUGUGGUCGACAUCCCAAACAGCAACACAAUCUUGACAGACCUGCUGCCGGCGUCGGUUUUGCUCGCUGAGCAUGGCGAGACGGGCGUGUACAACUUCACCAACCCCGGAGCCAUCUCGCACAACGAGGUGCUCACGCUAUUCCGUGAGAUCGUGCGGCCGUCGUUUACCUGGAAAAAUUUCAGUCUGGAGGAGCAGGCCAAGGUGCUUAAGGCUGGACGUAGCAACUGCAAGCUGGACACGACGAAGCUGGAGACGAAGCUGAAGGAGUACGGGUAUGAAGUGCCGGAGGUACAUGAGGCUUAUCGGAGGUGCUUUGAGCGCAUGAAAGCUGCGGGGAUCGAGUAA